ACGUGUACAACCUUAGACACCCGGCAACGUGCGACGUGCGAGGAUGUUGGAGUAGGUAACAUGGGAGCUGACGUGGCAGGUCGUUGGGACGGUUGACAAAACCCCCUCCAAAUAGCGGGAAACGCAUUCCCUAACGAGCCUUCUGCCAAAAACAUCUCUGCACCUUCAUCCCUCCCUCUCUUUCUGACCGAUUCCUCGACUUCUCAUCUCAUGGCAAUCUAAUUGGCAUUCAGAAAAUCUUACUUUCCCGUUUCUAAUUGCAUGCGUUUGGUUGCUUAUUUCCGAGAAUCGAAAUUGAUUUGAAUUCGUUCUUCUUUUUGCUACGAUUUAUGUAGCUUUUGUGUAAAAGAACGCGUUUGGGGCUCAUAUUACAAUUUAGGGAAUUCAGAUUCUUUGCAGUUUUCAGGAGGAUUUGUUGGAGAUGGGAAAUUGAGGGUAAUUUGUAUUGAUUUGCGGCGCGGGAUCAUUGAUACUGUACAGAGACAUGUUGUGCUGUGGAGGCGGCGAAGAGGAGUUUUACGGUCAGCCCGUCAAUCAGUACACGGCCCCACCGCAUGGAAAUUCACGUGGUUCCAGAGCCAGCCAAUAUGCGCCAUGCUCCAGUACUGAUAUUUUGAACCUUGCACUGAGCAAAUGUACACCCUCGAUCAAAAUUUUGGGAGCAUUUGGAUGUACCAGAAUGACUGGGAUGCUUUUACACCAAAUCAUAAUCUGGAACAUUUCAGGUAAGGCCUGAAAAGUCACAGAUAUUGAUUUCGGUUUUAAAAAGGCAGAAAAAUGGUACUCCAAACACAGUUAAAUUGAUAACUAUCCAUUUUGUUGGCAAUUCCGGGAGCAUCUAAAUGCACCCUUUUGAAUUCAGCAACAAGGAUAUUUCGCCUCAACCGUGUGGCAAUGAUAGAGAGUCGAGGGGUCCGAAUGCAGUUCGGAGUGGAGCUCCAGCAAAGGUCUUACCCAUCGAAACACCAUCAAUACCAUUGGAUGAGCUGAACAGAUUGACAGGAAAUUUUGGCACAAAGGCCUUGGUUGGAGAAGGGUCUUUCGGUCGAGUUUUUCAUGCAACUCUGCAGACUGGUGAGGCUGCUGCAAUAAAGAAGCUGGAUGCCAGUUCUUCGCAAGAACCAGAUUCCGAAUUCGUAGCUCAGUUAUCAACGGUUUCAAGACUUAAGCAUGAGAACUUUCUUGAACUGUUGGGUUACUGUUUGGAGGCGGACAACCGAAUUUUAGUAUAUCAGUAUGCGACGAGGGGUUCUUUACACGACGUUUUACAUGGGAGAAAAGGAGUACAAGGGGCAGAGCCUGGCCCAGUUCUCAACUGGAGCCAACGUGUGAAAAUCGCUCAUGGUGCAGCAAAAGGCCUUGAGUAUCUCCACGAAAAAGUUCAACCUUCAAUAGUCCAUCGUGACAUUAGAUCAAGCAAUGUUCUUCUAUUUGAUGACUUCGCAGCUAAAAUUGCUGAUUUCAAUUUAACUAACCAAUCGCCCGACACAGCAGCCCGCCUACACUCAACUAGAGUCUUGGGAACUUUCGGCUAUCAUGCUCCAGAGUAUGCCAUGACCGGGCAAAUAACUCAAAAAAGUGAUGUUUAUAGCUUCGGGGUGGUUCUUCUAGAGCUCCUCACAGGAAGAAAGCCGGUCGACCACACCAUGCCUAAAGGACAACAGAGUCUCGUUACUUGGGCAACUCCAAGAUUGAGCGAGGACAAAGUCAAGCAGUGUGUGGAUCCCAAGCUAGACAAUGAAUACCCCCCAAAGGCUGUUGCGAAGAUGGCAGCAGUUGCAGCAUUAUGUGUUCAGUAUGAAGCUGAUUUCAGGCCAAAUAUGACAAUCGUCGUUAAGGCUCUCCAACCUCUUCUUAACUCAAGACCGGCGGGGCCCGACACCCACACAUGACAUUGUACUCUUGUUUCAUCCUCUCCAAUCAUUAGUAUUCUUCAAUCACUUCAGAUGUUCGCUAAGCCUGCAAGCAUAUGUUCCAAUAUUGCACACGUAUCUGAGAUUCGAGCUUUCUAUCAGAUGGGGCACCGUGCGUUAGAUCCAAUGGCCUUAAAAAUCAGGCUGUUUCACUCCGCAGAUGGGCUACAUUGCGCAUAAGAAAUGCAUGACUUGGAAAACUUUGUUUCAGCCGUCUGUUUGUUUUGUUGGCCCACCUGAAGGGUGAAAUAGCCUAUUUUGAGCGAAAUUAUCUAAUCAUUGUGGCCCACACAAUGGAAAUCUCAUAUCUCUCACAUGUGUCUCAUGUUGGCAUGUGUGGUUGGGGAGGUCAGUCAUUCUCUGUAACAUUGUAGUGUACUUAUAAGAUAGUUAUGCAAAUAAACUUGCACUUGGAAGGCGCAGUUCUUGA